AUGCAGGAGACGUGCCUAACCGCGUCAACUGUCCGUCUUGUUUCCAUGAUCAUCGAGAUCUACGACCAGAAUAACCCCAGUCCCGUCCUCCGUCUGCGCGACUCAGGGCUGGAUAUUCCCGUCACUGUGGGACCUCGUGAUCCUGGUCUUAGCCGUGUUACAGAGGUUCUAGAGCGGCCAUGGCCAGGAGAGAGCUCUUGGCCCAGCGGAUUCAAGGCCUGGAGAGGCACCAAUGUUGUCAUAAGUCGAUUUCUUUGUCUCGUUGGACCGGAAAAACGGCCUUUCUCUUGGCGUCAUUUUGCUUGCCUUGGUGGCUAG